GAAAUCAUAGUAGAGGGAAUGGUACAUUUGUGAACUGUUGCUUAAAAGAAAGGAAAAUAAUUCCUGCGUUGCCAUGUCUGACGAUACCUCAUUGGAAGUGGACAUUUGGGAGUACAAAUCCAUUAGGAAGGAAAAGCAUCAGAGUAAUGCAGAAAGCAUCUCUACACCUGUGCAGACAGUAAGUGAUGGCAAGUGCAGGCCAAAAAGGAAGAGAAAUAGAAAAAGAAAAAAGACUGUAGAAAAAGCUGAUACCCUUCAGAAAACCGAGCAGGUAUCAAGGUCAAAAGAGGAUGCAGAUCCAUGUAAAGAUGAGAGUAGUGUGCACUCCCAGGAAAGCACGAGCAGCCUCACAGACCAGAGCUCACAAAACACAAAGCCCGUUUAUGAUGGAUACUGCCCAAGCUGCCAGAUGCCUUUUUCUUUGCUAUUGGUCCAGACACCUCGAUGGCAUGUUGCUGAGUGUUUGGAUACUCCAGGAUCCAAUGAAAAAGAGUGUCCUGAUGGUUUACUGUGCAAUUCCACCAUUCCAUCUCACUACAAGCGUUACAGCCAUUUUCUACUUGCAGCAAGCAGGGCUGGAGAUUAUCUUGUAAACUCUUUGUCAAACAGUUUGGAGAGGAAGAUGACAUGUUCUGCUGCUCCAAAGCUCAGCUGCUCCCCAGGUCAAGUAGAACAAAUCUCACAGAGUGAGAAACCAUCCAAGAACAUAAAAAAUACCCCAAAUGAUGACUGUAUGUUGAGGGUUCAGAGUUCACCACAAGUGAAGUCUCUAAAUUUAAUCAGUGAAAGUACUUCCUCUUUUGCACGUGUUCAGACGCCUCAAGAGCCAUUUCAGCAUACAGAGACAACAGAUAAUAGUUGUGAUUUUGAAUUUUAUGACUUUGUAUCUGCUCAGGAAAGUGGAAUAGAAGAUCUGUGUAGUGAGAAGGAUACAAGUCAGCUCACUUUACUGCAAUCAAAAGCAGACUUCAGUGAAUGUGAAAUUUCUUAUUCUCCACUGAGCACUUUUGAGGAAAGUGAAGAGGAAACUCAGGAAGAGAAGGUGAAAAUAUCACAAAAGAAAUUAUUUGGAGACUGUAACUCUGAAGAUGAAGACUGUAAUUCUAUGAUGUUUAAAACAUUUGAUGGACUUCUUUUACAGCAGAAGCCUCAGUAUGAGCAUGACAAACCAAGACAUUCCGUAAUUAAAAGCAAACACUGUGAGGAAGUAAAGCCAUUGGACCAUCUAGAUCACGGUAUAAAAACUGUUUCUCAGAGUCAAAAGAACAAGAAGUUUUGUAAUUCAACAUGUGUAGAUAAUCAGCAUCAGCAAGAGGCACUAGCCAGUGGCUCCUCUUCUCCUUUUAACUGGGUGGAGGCUGAAGAGCCUGAAUUGAUUUCCUCUGCUGCUAAAUCAGGUGAUACAGAGUCAGAAGAUACUGGUGCUUGUGCUUUAGAUUCUUCAUACCUGAGUUUUACUGAAACAUCACUACUGGUAGCCAGAGAAGGUGCUAGGUCUCUUCUGACUCAGAAGAGUAAUUCUUUGAGGGAGUCAAGUAACAUUUUAACUAACGAAGAUAAAAUGCCUUCCAAUGCAGUUGGAAAAACAGCUUGCCAGGAGAGUUUGCAGUCAGUAGUGGAUAAAGAAGGAAACUUUAAUACAGCUGCUGUGUGCUUUCCCAGCCCCAACUCUAAAACAGCAACAUCUCUUUCUUUAGCAAGUACGAAUGCCAAAUCCAGUCCUGCCAAAGGACUCAAACAAAUGGACAUUGGUGUUUUUUUUGGGUUAAAACCCAAAGUGAAAGAGGAAAGCAAAGAAGAAACAUGUUUGAGUGAGGGAAAGCGAAUAUCAAUUUCAGUAACUCCCAAUGGAAAGAGGCCCAGACAGGCAAAAAGGAAAGCUGAAGGGUCUGUGGAAGAUGUAGAAACAGUUACUGGAAGUUCAACAAAAGAUGGAGCCUUUGCAGGUGUAAGUUCUGGUGGCCAAAAAAGGUGGAAUAAAAAGCUUAAAGUAUUAUCUACUGCAGGUGAAGGAACAAGAAAAAAGCACUGCCCUUUCUACAAGAAGAUUCCAGGAACUGGUUUUACAGUUGAUGCCUUCCAGUAUGGAGAAAUUGAAGGCUGCACAGCUUAUUUCCUUACUCAUUUUCACUCCGAUCACUACUGUGGGCUAACAAAAAACUUCAUGUUUCCAAUCUACUGUAACAAGAUAACUGGCAAUCUGGUGAAGAGCAAACUUCGAGUCAAAGAGGAGUAUGUCCACAUACUGCCAAUGGACACGGAAUGUAUAGUAGAUGGGAUCAAAGUGAUGCUGCUCGAUGCCAAUCAUUGUCCAGGUUCAACAAUGAUCUUUUUCUGCCUACCCAGUGGGACUGUUAUUCUGCACACAGGAGACUUCAGGGCAGAUCCAUCUAUGGAGCGCUAUCCUGCUUUGAGUGGUCAGCAGGUUCACACCCUUUACCUUGAUACCACAUAUUGUAGUCCCGAAUACACUUUUCCUUCUCAACAAGAGGUUAUCCAGUUUGCUGUUAAUACUGCCUUUGAGACAGUGACUUUAAACCCACGUACUCUAGUUGUCUGUGGCACCUAUUCCAUUGGAAAAGAAAAAGUUUUUUUAGCAAUUGCUGAAGUUCUGGGCACAAAAGCAAGCAUGUCCCGUGACAAGUACAAAACACUGCAGUGCUUAGAGUCAGCAACUGUGAAUUCCCUCAUCACUGUGAACUGGGAUGGAACUUUGCUUCAUAUCCUUCCCAUGAUGCAAAUCAAUUUUAAGGGCUUGCAAGAUCACUUGAGUAAGUUUUCUGAGAAUUUUGAUCACAUUCUGGCUUUCAAACCUACUGGAUGGACCUACUCUGAUUCAUGCCUUUCUCUGGUGGAUAUCAAACCUCAGACAAGAGGAAACAUCACCAUAUACGGGAUUCCUUACAGUGAGCACAGCAGUUACCUGGAAAUGAAGCGAUUUGUGCAAUGGCUGAAGCCACAGAAAAUCAUCCCCACUGUAAAUGUUGGUGACUGGAAAGCAAGAAGCUUGAUGCAGAAGCAUUUUAGAGACUGGAUGGUUGAGGAUAGUGGGCAUGAAUAGAUAUUAAGGAAGAAUGUGUAUUUCAGAGGAGGUGGGCUGGAGUGGGAGCUGUGAGUUCCUGUGUGUUUUAUUUAACUCUUUUUUCCAUGGAGCUUUCUUUAGGAAGGAUGAAGCUGCCAUUCUCCUGAGAAAGCUGAAUUUGCAUUAAAAAAAAAAGGCACUUUGCUUCUUCAUGUACUUACUACUUAUUUUUAAUAUAACUUCAUAACUUUUUUACAACUACAUUUUUCAGGUUAGUUUUAUCUUACUCUCUUCUCCCAGUUCUUCAUUUUCCUCAUAUUUUGGAGAUGUUCCGAUGCAAAUACUGGGGAAGAAACCACCUACAGGUUAAUCAUUCCUGGAAAGGUGUGACUGUAAUAAAUAAGGCUAUAUUAAGCUUACGCCACAUGCUGUCAGUUCAGGCUUCAGAGAAGCUGGUUUCAUGAGGCAGAACUAGCUAUUGCAAUUCAAAUCUUGUAAACAGAGUGUACCCUGUGAAAGGACUGGCUCAGCUUUUGCAGCGUAUGUACUUCAGAGAAAGCUUUUUAUAAAAAGAUACUGGUACCUACUCAAGAUUUUGUGAUCUUAUUUAAUAAAGAACUCCCAUGAAGCUUGUGUGUUC